AUGAAUAGAAUAGAUGAUUUAUAAAGGCGGAUGAAAGAAGGCAACUAUAAUAUUAAUGAAAAUUAAUUAGAAACAGCCAUUAGUGAGGUAAUUGGAUCUGAAGCAAAUAACGGUAAUUAUAAUUAAAAUCAUCAUCAUCCCAUGAGUUCAACAACCAGAGGUAACAAUGAGAUUCUAUCACCGACAUUAAUAAAAAAUGCUAGCAAUAAGAGCACGCUAUCAAAACGUAGUAACUAAGAUGAGGAUGAAACAAAUAAAUCAGAUUUUUCAUCGAUUGCUAGAACCUAAAAUGAAAAGGGGCUUUAAGUUUAAACUUCGAAAUUCAGAAAAUCGAAUUAAAAACCUUCCACAUCUCACUCAAGCUGA